CGUGAUGAGGUGCGCAUGUCCAUUGCGUCCUCCUUCUACGUUGCAGAGAUGGCAGGAGGUGUGCGAAGAAAGUCUCCCGGUUCCCCGUCCCCUUUAUGGGGGAAACUUAACACAUUAUGGCACGACAAACAUUUGGUCUUAUUUAAGACAGAAUACACCUUACUGGUCGUUUCGGUUUUGUGGUGCCUGGAAAUCGGGAUCAAUGUGUGGGUUAUACGAAAAGUGGCAUAUACUGAGAUAGACUGGAAAGCUUACAUGGAUGAAGUUGAGGGGGUCAUCAAUGGUACCUAUGAUUAUACCCAGCUGAAAGGAGACACGGGCCCCUUGGUGUAUCCGGCUGGUUUUGUCUAUAUCUUCAUGGCUCUGUACUACAUCACCAGCCAUGGUGUAAAUAUUCGACUGGGCCAGUACAUUUUUGCUGUUUUCUACCUCAUCACACUGCUGCUUGUCUUCAGAAUAUACUAUCGCACAAAAAAGGUUCCUCCAUAUGUGUUUUUCUUUGUUUGUUGUGCUUCCUAUCGAAUCCACUCGAUCUUUGUGCUGCGACUCUUUAAUGACCCAGUGGCCAUGAUGCUGCUGUUUGCAGCUGUCAACCUUUUCAUAGACGGAUAUUGGACUUUGGGCUGUGGCAUUUACAGUUUAGCAGUGUCUGUGAAAAUGAACGUGCUUCUUUUUGCCCCUGGAUUACUUUUCCUCCUCUUAUUAGAGUUUGGUCUAAUGAGGACAAUCCCAAAAUUGUCUCUGUGUGCAGGCAUACAGAUUCUGCUUGGUCUGCCUUUCCUCUUGGAGAAUCCUGUUGGUUAUGUAAGCCGAGCAUUUGAUCUUGGCCGUCAGUUCAUGUUUAAAUGGACAGUCAACUGGCGCUUUCUGCCAGAAUGGCUCUUCUUGAAUCGGUACUUCCACCUGCUCCUGCUGGUUUCCCACCUGCUCAUUCUGCUGCUCUUUGCCUUCCGCCGUUGGAAAAGGCCAGGAGAAAAUGUUCUGGAGUUACUGAAGGACCCAAGCAAGAGGAAAAUACCUGCUCAGAAAAAUUCUGUGGAUCAGGUAGUGCUGAUUCUGUUCACAUCUAACUUUAUUGGUAUGUGCUUCAGCCGUUCAUUACAUUAUCAGUUUUAUGUGUGGUACUUUCACACGCUACCGUAUCUGCUCUGGAGUGGAGGAGUCAAGAAGCUGGCCCACCUGCUCAGGGUCCUCAUCCUGGGUCUGAUCGAGCUGUCGUGGAACACCUAUCCCUCUACCAACAGCAGCUCAGCGGCCCUUCAUGUUUGUCAUCUCAUCAUCCUCCUCUGUCUGUGGUUAGCUCCUCCCUUUCCUCACACCCAGAAACACAAGAAGACACACCAGUUAAGGACAAACGCCAGUGAGCCACAGCCUGAGCAGGCCGGACAUCAGAUUUGGUCUAUUCAGCUGCUGAACGGCCUCCAGCCUCCUCUCUGUAACUCAGACAUCACCGGUGCAGAGGGAGAUGACUGGGGUGUUUUCAGUGAAUGGAAGAAGCCAACUGGUGCUUCUCAUCUCAGCUCACUGCUUAAAGUGAAGGAAGCUAAUGUGUGGGUUCGUUCUGUACACCUACAUGAUGACAUAACAUGUAGUAGUCCAUUGCGGUUGAAGAGGUGAAAAGAUACACAGGGAUUCUCAGGUUUAAUUUUUAAUAUUCAUGCUAGAAAGAGUUUAGUGGUUUGAGGAAAUUAUGAAUGUUUUGUCGAAAGAAAUGUUACAAAAGCUUAAUGUGUACUUGUGGGAUGUGUUUGACACUGCAAUUGACUGGUGCAAAAAGUAAUCACAGUAUUUGAGAAAAGGUUCCAAAACUUUAGAUUAAGUUCUACGUGGCACAGUAGUGGCAGUAUUCUCUAGUACAAGGGUAAACCUCUUUUUCCAUAGCUACUUCAUUUUCCACAUGAGCGUGAAACAGAGCUGUAGACAAUCAUGGUUGUUUGUCUGUCCGAUUUGUUAUGUAACUGACUCAAAUUCUUUUUGUGAAUGCCUCAUUUCGGUUCAUUCACAGGAUGUGUAGAUGUGACGUUGCAGUAGACUGAAGGAUGAAAAAUGUGACAUUUUAUAAUAAACAUGAUGAUGCCAU